UGGAAUGCGCUUUACACAGUCACGUUAAAGAAGACUAUUACAUGGGCAUAAUCGAUCUCGGAAAACGAACCGCCUGGCGACUGUUUAUAGAGUCGAAAAACGCUUUUGAAAGGAAGUAGUCAGAAGUUAUUUUUUUGUCUUUCUUUCUCGUAAUUUCAAUUUAUAACUAUCCGAAGUUUAUAAGAAAGCAAAUACUUUACAUGAGACUGAAUUACAGUCACUAAAAGUCCGAUACAUGAAACAGAAAGCUUAAAAUAAUGUGAAAUCAAGCUAACAGGUAUCUUGUCACCGAAUUAUCACAAAAAAAAAGUUUUACAGUAUUUCUAUAGUAUUUUGUCACAAAAAAUUCUUCUGAAGCAUUCUAAACACUCAGUGUCAUGAUUACAAGAAGAAAUGCAAAGACUACCUUUGCCCGAGAGGAAACAUAAGUGAUAAGACCAGAUAACGGAGGAGAAUAUUUAACAUUGACAGUAAGGUCGACAUUUCCACGUAAAAGCAUGAACAAAUCGACCAUGGUGCAACAGCACAGGGGUUCGCCGCGGCUUCAGGUUCUGAGGCUGUGGGCUGUCAGCGGCAUCCAGGAGAGCGUGGAAAUGAUCUCCCGAGCGUGGCUAGCGGAGAAGUUUAUUUCUCCUUUUCUGUGUCGCGUUUCGGUGAAGGACAACCUCUGGUGCAUGGUUCCCUCUCUGACUGAGGCCUCGAUGCGUCGCGUGCCAGCCGAGGAGUGCUCGUUCAACCCCUGGUGCGGCGCCCUAAUCCACCAGGACACGGCGCCGCCCCUCCUGACCCGCUUGACGGUGCUGUGGACGGCGCUGCUGGUGUCCCUCGUGUUCAUCUGGGCGCCGAGGAUCCUCACCUACCACCCGACGAACCCCUGCCUCAUCUGGCUCAGGCGCCAGACACCGCGACACGUGUUGCUGCUGGCCGCUGGGGGCGCUGUCCUUCAGCUGGUGUUGGAGCACUUGAUCCUGCCUGCUCUUCUGCCGCCCACGCGCCUCCUCACCCAUACCGUGUCCUUGUUCGCCUUCUGCUUCGCCAGUACAAUCACCACCGCCGUCCUGAUCGCGCGCCCGAGGGAGAAAGAGGCGUAUAGAACCCAUUCUCUCGGGGAACGGACUCCGGUGUCGAUAGGGUUGACCACUGACCCCCAGGGAGUGUUGAGGGACGUCGGUGAGGAUAAACUGCCUUGACUUAGACUCAUGUUGCAUUGUUUUCAGAAUAUAAUUACCUCAUUUCAGCAUUAAUGAUAUGCAUGGGGUUAUCUUCCGUCAUCUUCACUGCCAUUUAUGUGCAAAACAGGAUCUAAUAGCAAAGAAAAUCCUGUGUUAUGGAGCAUAAUAUUUAUAUUUUCAUAAAUCAAUAAAGUAAUAAGGUAA